UUUAGUGUUUACUGGAGUCAUUAAACGAACCUGAUAGGAAUCGUUGUCAUAAACAAUGGAUGACAUUCAUCAGCCAACUAACUUUAGUCAUUGCACAGUCGAUGACAACCGUUUUCCUCUACUAACCGAUGAAAAUCACAUUUUAUGUAAAAAUGACAACGAUGUCAAUGAUGAUAAUGAUGAUGAUGGUGAUGAUGAUGAAAACAAUGACGAUGGUGGUAAUCGUAAUGACAGUCUUUUUCUGGAGCCGCAAACACCAGUCCGAGACACAUCACUACAUACGAGUGGAUCAGACGCCUCGAUGAUUGUUCAUAAUGAAGAAAUUAUGUUGAAAAUGUGUGAUAACUCCAUGCAGGAUACAUUGCUUUCCCAUUUGAACACUUUUCGGCGGAAUCGUGAACUUUGUGAUGUUGUCCUUUUUGUGCAUGAAAAGGAGAUUCUUGCUCAUAAGAUUGUUUUGGCUGCUUGUUCACCUGCACUUAUGGAUAUCUUUAUCAGAAGCGAGAACGGAGGUCGAUCUUCAAAGCGCGUGAGUACGACGAUGCUAGCGACAGCAAGCACUAUUUCGCCAUCGUUAACAACAGCUGUUGUUUCGCCAAUAACACUACAGCCAUUUUCUUAUUACGAAUUUGCUGAAGCCGAUUAUGAUUGUUUCGAAGCUAUUGUGAAUUACGCAUACUCUUCUCAUUUGGAAAUAAGUAGCAAAAAAGUUGGCAUACUUUACAAAACAGCUUAUGCUCUUCAAGUAACUCCGGUUGCCAGAGCUUGUGCUCGCUAUCUUAUCGAGAAUCUUAAUGUCAUGGAUUGCAUCGGAAUUCGAUGUCAGGCUAAUAUUAACGAUGAUGUACUUGUGGAACAAGUUGAUAAUUUCAUUGCUAAAAAUUUCGCGCAAAUCGUUGAUGAAAGUCCAGGAUUCACUCAUUUGCCUCUAAUUAAGGUUCGUUUAAUUUUGAGCACUGAAGAUACUAAGCAGCUGUGGUGUGGUGAGGAUAUCGCGCUGCGUGUUGUGCAAUACUUCCAAUUUUUGCCUCAUGCUAAUGAUCGCGUUGAACAGUGGAUUGAGCAACUUGUGGAGAAGACACAUAUGUUAUACACCGAGACAGACGCUAGGUUGCAGGACUGUUUGGAAAUGGAUGACCACAGUUCUGUGGGAGCAUCCGACAUAAUCCAGGAUUAUAAGCGUACGGGUGGCUAUUUACCACGCACAUACAGUGGAAGCAAUGUAUUGGAGGUCCAAACUCCUGCUCAUCAUAUCACAGGUGCUACACAAGUUCAUCUGGAUUCAAGUCGUUUAAGCAAUACAAAAUUAUCUUCUGCGGAAAGUAACAGCUCCUUGAGUUCAAACACUGAACCUGAUAUUGAAUCUUACAAAUUGAUCGCUGUGCACCGAACAGCCG